UCGUUACACCUGCGAGAAAGAUCCAUCUUGUUGAGCUCCACCUUGGAAUGGAAAGACGUGAACUUCGUAACAGAAGAUGCCAAAGAAAUGAGAGUGAGAGAGAGAAAGACUUGGCUUGAGUGAGGAAACAAAGACAGUUUGAUGUCUGGCCACCUUGCAGCGUUUGCGCUUUGCCAGCGCCGGCGGAUGACGUAUCGCGCAAGGCUCGUGCCAGCCGGUAGUAGGGGGGAAGUGGAGGGACACAGGAGAUGGGUGGAAGGAGAAGAGAAAAAUGUUGCCGCCAUGUCACUCCUCCUGGCGCUUACCUACGAGGCAAGAUAUCGUUCAAUUAUUUACACGUUGUUCGGAGACAGGUGAUGAACAGUCACCGAGUGGACAAAUUUAAACAGUGGACCAGCCCAGGCUUCCAUACUUCCUAGCGCACGGAUUUGAAAACUGUUCUUGGGAAGGGAGGCUGUUCUGCGAACUUCUGCUGGACUUCAGAUGGCAGUUGACUAUGUGUGGAUAUGCCACUGACUCUGCCUCGAGCAAGGUACCGAUAGUCAGUUUAUGUUUAGUGUUCGGUAUCUGUAAGCAAGAAGGUGUAAAUCAGAAACUAAAACUGCUGCCUCUUGGUGUAAAUCGAAGCUACCGGUCCAGUUGUUCGUCGAACUACAGUUGUCCUCGGCUAUCCAGGCUGACGUCAUCAGCGUCGUCGCCAUGACAACAUUCCCACCCGACCAGACGGAGGUUUUCAGCAUCUUCAACCAGACGGAGGAGCCCGGGCAAGACGAGGAGGAACAUGUCUUCUUCCCGCCUGUCAAGCAGCCUCCCUACCUCAUCUUCGUCUACUCUCUCGCCUACCUGCUCAUCUUCGUCUCCGCUUUGGUGGGCAACACCAUGGUGGUCGUCGUCGUGCUGCGGACGCCAAGGAUGCGCAACGUCACCAACUAUUUCAUCGCCAACCUCGCCGUCGCUGACAUCUUAGUCGCUGUCUUCUGCAUCCCCAUCACCCUCCUCAGCAACAUUUUUAACGGCUGGCCGUUCGGUGCCUUUCUGUGCAAGUCUACACCUUACCUGCAAGGUGUGUCCGUGUGCGCUUCUGUCUACACCCUGGCUGCCAUCGCACUGGACAGGUACCUGGCCAUUUGCCACAACCCCCAAUGGCGGAUCACCACACAGCUGGCACGCGCUAUGGUCUUCUCCAUCUGGACGCUGGGGGAGGUGCUGCUGGUGCCGUGGUUGGUGUACUACGAGCAAUACCAGCAGGAGACUCCUUUACAGGUGUUGCACAUGUGCCAUCAAUCUGGCCCGACUUCCUGUCCCAGCGCGCCUACUUCGUGGGCGCCAUCUUUGUGGGCACCUACGUCUUCCCCUUGCUCGUCAUCCUCCUGUGCUACAUCUGCAUCGCCCUGCGCGUGUGGAACCGCCGAGCGCCGGGGUACCAAGGACAACCGCCUGAUCCGCCACUCUAAGAUGAAGGUGGUCAAGAUGCUGGCUGUGAUGGUCUCCCUUUUCGCGCUCUCCUGGCUGCCCUUGCACGCCAUCUACAUGAAGCUGUACUUCGACCCCAGCUUCAGCCCCGCCGAGCUCGACAUGGUGUACUAUGUCGCCGUUCCCGUGGCCCAGUGGCUGGAGCUCUCCAACUCCGGCAUCAACCCCAUCAUCUACUGCUUUUUCAGCAAGAACUUCCGGCGAGGCUUCCAGAGCAUGUGCUUCUUCCGACGCAGCCAGCGCCGAUUCUCCGGGGUGUACUCCAGCACCACCAAGUACAUGACCAUCGAGUACAUGAACGGCAACGUCAACAUUAUCUUCAGGAAGGAGAAUCGAGAUGAAAGUUCCUCCACGAUCUGAUCGAGAUGACUUGUCAUAACACUUUCGUGAGCUGUGGAUCGUUCCUUUCCUUCACUCAUACCCUAACUAACCCCCUCCCAAAGAAUUCAUUAAAGAAAAACUCUUACAUUCCUUUAAGUGACGUUUGUAUUCGACGGAUGUGAGCCCAGGCGGUGCGGGCAGCUGUAGAAGGACACACAUCAUUAUUUUGAAAACCCAUCAGUUCCGAAUACAGAGGGGUACACAGAUCUGAAGACGAUGAAUGGAGUAUCAUAACAGAUGACUACCCUAAGUGUGUAACUUUCAGAAGAGUUGUUGAGGUAAAUCAUGUUCCUGACUGUGAUUAAACAGAGUUUAAGACUGUUAAGACUGCAUGAGUAAGCAUAGUACGCCUUUUUACAACAUAUUUAGACUUUUUUUAAACAUGGCUCUUUUGAGCAAAGGCUGUUUGGAAAUAUAUAUAUACUGCUAGGACAUGCCAUGCCUUUUUAACCCAAGAAAAAAACAAGUUUAACAUUCCAUUUUUUUAAAGUUGUUUGAUUGAAGCAAUUCAAAAUUUGUCUGACACUUUAAACUUUUAAAAAGUCCAUUUCCAUCCGUUAUUAUUUUAACCAAAAACAAGAAUAUCUGAAAAUUUGCUUUGACCCAGAACUUAGCCAAGAGAUAAAAUAAAGUCUGUCCCAGCAUCAGUUAUAAAAGCGAUAUCGUUGUGAUGGCGGGGUCCCAUUGAAUGAUCCCGAUGCUGCCAGAGGCAGACAUAAAAAUCCUCGGGCUUGCCCCUAGACAGUGCUUUGUCGCCAUAAAUUACGAACUUUGAUGAUAUCUCAGUCUUUCAUACUGAGUUCUUUCCAGCAAAUGGACAUUGUUUGUACUUUUAUGAGUGGAGAGCUCGCUAUUUGUUUCGCCUUACUCACUUUGUCUACAUCUGGCUACGCGUACAGAAAAGCACAUUUUGUUCACUUCCAGUAAAUUAAAAGUCUGGAAUGGUUUUUCUUGUUUCCAGAAGUUUUUUGAACUGUUAUUAAAGUCAUUUCAGAUCCUCUGGCAACGCAUCACAAAACUGUUAGCAAAGGCUUACUGGUAUUAAUAAUCUAAUUUUGACAAAAUGGUUCGAGCUUUAAUCAAAGAAAUUAGCUACUGAUUGCAAACGAAUGUCAAGUCUUUGCAAUAUUCUGUGUCUUCGACCAGUUGAGACCCAUCUUUCACCACAUAGCCAAAGACAACCAAAUGCUGGAAAAGUAGAAACAUUUAGCAAAUUUUUUUAUGUGUGUUGUGUGUGAGAGAGAGAGAGAGAGAGAGAGAGAAUGGAAUAUAUAUAUACCCAAGUACUUUCUUCUGCUAGAAAAAUGAAAGACAGAAAUGACAACAGGAUCCAUUCCUAUAGAUGAGCAUAGAGCGCUCCAUACAUCACAGUAUUAACUAUGUCACCAAUAAAAAUAUAACAACAGUCGAAAAACAAAUAGCAAGACGAAAACAUAAGCUAAACCGGGCGAAUGUCUCUCAACUCAGGACCAUUGCGCAUUUUUUCAAGAAAGACUGCCUCUGGCUGGCCAGCUCGUGUGUUUGGCUCCCUGACUUUUAUGAGACAACAAAUGACAAAUCCUACUUCAAGCGAAUGCCUUCCGUGGACAAGCUACGCUUGGUACACAUACCUAACUUAAGUGUGGAUAAAUACCAGGUGGCAGACUGAUCACAGCCAUCAUGUGAUAUACAACCGCUCUUUGUUAAACAUUCGUCCUGGCCAGUUGGUACGAAGACAGAUGAAGACAAAUGUUGAUGAAGACUUGAAAGCCUGUAGUUUAGGCUCUUGAUGUUGAUGAAGACCUCUAGAUUAUGGUUCGAGCUCUUGAUAUGUCUGCAAGCCUAGUGGACAAUACAAACUCUGAUGUCUCAGCUUGAUGAGACAAGCAAGACUUUCUUCUCCAAACUGGUUUCGUGAACCUUCCCCUUUUCCAUUCUUUUCCUCUGCUACAUUCUUCUUUCUUGUUUGUUCUCCCUAUCCUUCAUCUGUUUACUAGUCAUACUCAGUCUUGUCUUCUGCUACUCAGCCCCUCUCCCACCCCAAUCCCCCUGAAAAAUCCCGCCCUCCAUAUUUACACAUAUUUACAAGAUAGUCUUUUUUGGAUAGUUGAUGUAGCCAGGCUUGAUACACUUAUGUGGAUGGCUGCUAACAUUACCUUUGAUAAAUUGGAUAUGCCUUAGAAGACUUAAGUGGUUUUAUAAUGCUAAAAUAGCCCCUGUAAGAGAUAGGAAUACUAGACCUCUUAUUUCUGAUGCCGAACCGUCUAAGUGAAUAACAGGCGACUUUGGAGACCUUCGGAGGGUCGUUAGAAGAUACUUCAGCUUCUUCAAAAACACCGCAGGGAGCAUUAUCGUUGAAAGCAAACUCAGGCCCGGGAUUUAAAUGUUCCAUUGCAUUUAUGAUCAUCUUUGAAGUCAUUAAAAAGUCAUCCCUCACUUGAUAAAAAAAUGGUCAUUUCUCAAUUCAAUAGUCUCCCAUGCUGAGGUUGAACUUUUCUUUUCAGAGCAUCCUGAAACGGUAAUUAUCUGACGUCUACAUCAAAAAUCUAUUUUUCUGCUUACUAUGAAAAGGUACAGUUCCACAACCUAUCAACGUAGGGGUAGUGAACCUUAAAGGUUUACCAUGUCUAAAGCAUGGGAAGCAAGAGGUGGAGCCUUACCCUCUCCUUCCACGACCUCACCUUCCCUGAUAGACCAUAUGCCCAUCUCUGUUGUUGGGUGUGAGGGGAAGGAAGACGAGUUUUCCACCCGCAGGCUCAAGCAGGUUCCGAUCCAGCGACCUCCUACUUCACAGUGCGCGCAGUAACCGCCGACGCCCCAGUCACAGUGAUGCGGCCUUUACUGCUGACACGGCGUUAAAAAGAGACAAAUAACUGUGACCCUGUCCUGACCCUGCAUAAUGAGUCUGUAAUUUACUUUGUGUAUGAGUAUGUUGAAGAAGUGAGCGAGUCUGUUAUAUGGGAAUGUGGGUGCGUGGUUGUUGGCGAUUUAUCUAUGUAUGACAUGUAAAGUGAGCAAAUCUUUGGCGCGAUAUAAUCCUCAUUAUAAGUCUACAUCCCUGGCAACUACCACAUGUAACUGAUUACUGUUCUUCACGCAGCACAAUAACUAGAUGUGUUUGUUGGCAAAAUAUUACACCUUGUGAAUAAUUCCUACACCCGUACACACUUUUACUCAUAUUUCUCUGCAAACGUGAGUUCAAACCCUUUGUCUACAAUUGCUUGGUGUUUUGCUCUUAUCCUUAAUUAAAGUCAAAAUGAUUGUUUCCACGCUGAACCUCACAGCUACACACCAACAGUGUUAUGUGGAGUCGGUCCAGGCGGACUGAUGAAAAGAAAGUAAUGUCUCCCUCUCCUUGAGCGUGAUGUAUCUAGUG